GUGGGGUGUGUGGCGAAACGGGAGAAGAGACUUCUCAGGUUUGCCCGUUUAGAGAUGGAGUAGACCCCGAUGAUUUCGAAAAGGGGUUUGAGCUAGUUCCAAGUACACCGGAAGAGACUCAAAAUAUUCGCAUCAUGCAUGAAGAUGGUAGACCACAUAAAAUAGUUGGCAAUAUAAAUUUGGUAGCAAAGGGCCAGACCAUAAUUGGAUAUGACGGACAUUGUCGAGGCCAUAACCAUAUCAAUUUGGGAAUAUUUAAUGCAGACGGCGAGCGCGUUUUUCAAAACAGAGAGGAUCGAGCAGAUAUUUGGAGAGUUGAUUUUCGACAGGCUAGAGACUGGGGUGUAUAUGAACCCUCGCCAAGUGAUCCACCCCUUCCUGACAGCUAUUACAUGGGCACUCCACAAUAUCCUAGGAGACUCUCACAAAGAAGCGAAGGCGGAGACACAGAAAGAGAUAGAUCCAGAAGCAGAGCCAGAAACAGAUCCACAGACAGAGCCAGGGACAGAUCCAGGGACAGAUCCAGAGACACAUCCAGAGACAGAGCCACAGUCAGAGGCCGAGGCAGACCCCCAGGCAGAGGCAGAGUUACAGGUAGUGGAAGUUCUGGCAGGGGCGGAAACAAUGCUCCCCCCACCACUAGCCCUUAGACACGUUCCGGGAUAGGAAGUCGUCAUAACACUUGCGCGCCCACUCCGUUUGAACACUACCAGAACAGAUU